CUUUGCGCAUGCUCAAACGUACGUCAACAAUAAGUACGGCCAUGAUAAAUUUAGUCUAUGAACUUGUGAUAGUGUAGCCAGCUGUUAGAUCGUGAAGUCUAGAAUAAAAUUAACAUUAUUAUUUCGUCAAGAGCCAAAGCAUUUUAAAUAUGGCGAGCACUAAUCCUUCUAAUCAGUUUGACAAUCAACCUGAAAGCUCUGGAUAUGGUAACGAUGAUUUCGAAAAACUAGACCCCCCUGGAAGCGGUUUCGAGCACGACAAUUUAGAAGGCGAAGAAUUGGACUAUCAGUCUGGAAUAGGCUCAUCAGGUGCGUACGACUUCGACAUCAAUCAGGAUACACACAUUUCAACCACAACAGAUAUUACGGAAGAGGCAGAAGAAGACCGUUAUGGAGCUGGUGCUUCAGAAGCUGAAGCAUAUGCACAUACGCAGUCUUUAUUAAAUGAUCCUACUGUUGGCUUAGAAGAUUAUGGUUUUAAUGAUGAAGAUCUUGAUUAUAAUAAUCAGGUUGAGCCAUCUGCUCCAGUGCCAGAUAGCAAUGAACAACCACUAAUUGAUUUUGAUAGUACUUCAGAUCCAGAUAGUCAUCCUACAUUUGCAACAUCUGCGCCCCCUACUUCUAGCCAUUAUCCAGAAUCUUUCCCCUCAUCUACCACUACAUCUAGCAAAGGCAAAGGGGCAUAUGAUGAUUUUGAGGCAUUGGGUGAUACCAAAACAGAUAGUCCUACUAAAGAAGUUAAAUCUACCGAACCCAUUUUUGAGGAAACAUCUAGUACUAAAGAUGAAGUGCAACUACGUGCUAAAAAAAUCAAGUGUAAAUUCCAAAGAAAAGGCAUUUAUAAAUCACUUGUAGACUUUGGGUCAUGGCUUAAAGGUGUGGAUCCCAGAGGAGAAAAGAAAGAGGACAGCACACAGUUCUUGAAGGACUUGAUUUACUGGAGAGAUGUGAAGAAAACUGGUGUGGUAUUUGGCUCUUUACUCCUGAUUUUGGUCUCCCUGGCCAUUUUCUCUGUUCUCAGUGUCAUUGCCUAUUUAUCUUUGGCUGUGCUGACAGUUACUUUCAGCUUUGUGGUCUACAAAAAGAUAAUGGCUGCUGUACAAAAAUCAAAUGAUGGACAUCCAUUCAAACCAUUUUUGGAAAUGGACAUUUCAUUAAGUGAAAGUAAACUGAAAAGUGUCAUUCAGAGUGUCCUAAAAAAUGUCAACUGUCUUACACAUGAGUUAAGGCGUCUGUUCCUAAUUGAGGAUAUCGUGGACUCUAUUAAAUUUGGACUGUUGCUCUGGGUGCUUACAUACAUUGGCUCUUGGUUCAGUGGAAUGUUCUUAAUUAUUUUGGAUAUUGUUCUUCUUUUCACUGUUCCUAAAGUGUAUGAAACAUAUCAGGUUCAGAUUGAUAAUUAUAUUGGUCUGGCUAAAGCACAAGUGAAUAAUAUUAUCACUAUUAUUCAGAGUAAACUGCCAUUCUUGAAAAAGAAGGACAAGUCACAGUAAUUAAGUUGAUCUUAUCAGCAGUUAGCAAGAUCAUCCAUUUACAUAGGCAUUGCAGUGCUUGGCCAGAUUACGUCAGAAGAAUAGGAAACAAUUUUCGGUGUAUGAUAAUUAUGUUGAUCAAAAUGUAAUAUAAAUGUUUAAUGGAACGUCUGCUUGGCUAUUUCAAUUAGUAAUUUUAUAAUAUCAUUUUUUUUAAAAGCAAAAUGAUAAGACAUUUAGAUUGUCUAAAUGGAGCUAAUGCCUGUAAUAGAAUUUUCUGUUUUGAGACCUCAUGUUUUAUGCAGGGAAUUAAUGGAGUUUCUGUCAAUUUGUACUGAUGAUUUAAAUGUUGACUUUUUAUUAUAGGAUUUUUAGGGCUAUGUUGUCAUUGAUGGUUGUUGAAUUCAUUUGAUGGCUUUUUAUUUUUCUGAAAGAGUGUUAUUUCUCUAUCCCAAUGAGUAAACAAUACUCGCUUAGUAAUUUGUUUGAAUAUAUGUUUGUAUGCUGUGAACUAGAGUGAAUCGUUAUUCCAACUGGAUUAAAUGUUAACCAUAAAUUAACCUGAAGUAACCUUCAUUGCACAGGGUUUUCACCAUCACUGCACCAGCUUUAGCUUAUUUAUAGUCACUGUUUUUAUCAAGUACCAAUUUGUGAUCAAUCUACUUUUCAUUCUCCUUUGCAUUAAAUCUUUGCUUGCCAGGAAUAAAAAAAAAAUGACUAUUGGAAAUGUUAGUACAGUCACUUAACAUGUCUCAACAAUUGUACUUCUAUCCUUGGUGUAGUGUCAUCUUAUUUGUAACUAGUAAGAAAUUAUGGACAAUUUUAUUGCAAGGUUUGUUUGUAGUAUUCCUACUCUGGUAAAUUAAAAAUGAAAUUAUUCUUUUGUUUUUUUUGGUUAAAGCAGAAGUAUUUUUUUUAAAACAUAAAUUUAGAUGAUUCUAAAACAUUUUUUUUUUUUGCUCAACUAUUAUUUGUAGUAAAUGUUUGUUAAAACCACAUUUUUAAAACAGUUCAUCUUUUUUGGAGUUAGAAUGUCAAAUGAAUUUGUUCUAAAACUGUUUCCAUAAUUUCUCAUUUAUUUGUAGCCAAAUGCCAAUUUUUAUGGUGCACUAUUUUCAAAUUCCAUCAUGUGAUAAAUGUUAUCCAUUUCAAUGUUUUGAGUUGAUCAUGUAUACACAAUUUUUUGUUUUGUAUCAUAUUAUUGUCUGUUGUUUUGAAAUAUUGAACACACAAAUUCAAAAUAUGUAAAUUAGCUAAUUUAUAUAUUAUUCCUACAUUUAAAAAGAAAUAAAUCUUAGAAUGUUCAGAUAAGUUUAUAUCCAACAAAUAAGUUUUGACUGGGUGAAAUAUUUACUUAAUAACAUUAUAAAUAAUAAAACAAUAGUACAUCAAUAGCUCAACUCUUCUAGUAAAACUGUAAAUAACAACAUGACAGGAGAAAAACUUUUCUACAUUUAGAUGUCUUGAAAAUACAGUCCUUGUCUUUUUUUUUUU